GUCAUGUGUAAGUUUGGAAGCAGUUGCGAACCCCGUCUUGACAUAUUGCGGCCACUCUGUCUCAAGACGGGUUCGGCGGCAGACGGUGCACCCCCGUCCCGCUGACUCGUCGGCGCGGGAGCCGGGCUUGAAGCGCCCGGCGUCGGGGGGAUGCGUGGCCCCCCCCCGCGUUGCAGCGGCGGGGGCGAGGCCGCCAGUGGGGCUGCCGGUGCGGGGCACCGUCCGCGCCAUCGAGGCGGUAAGCAGAAGCCAGCCGUGCCAAGGCCCAGCGACGCAUCAAACAGGAGCUCCGACGGCAGCACCAACGUGCCCUCGUUGCCGGGCAGUGGGGCGUCCCUGCCGUGGCAGCCAGCGAGGAGCUCGGAUGCGAGCACCUUCCCUGGCGCUCCGAGGAGUUCAGAGAGCAGCGACAUGCCGAGGAGCUCGGUCGGCACCGCCGGAGGAGCGAGGCCAAGGGAAGCUUCCAGGCAAGAGGAGUAUCCAGGCAGCUUUCCGUAUCCACGCAGAGACGAGCCUUGGUUCCCCCCUCCGCGUCGGGAGGAGUUCGUGGUGCCCAUCCAGGCGCGCGGGCAGGAUCUUCGACGGAGGCCCGCGUCACAUGUAUCAAAGGCGUCUGCCCCACGGCCUGAGGACCCCUCGAGUUCCGAGGGCAGCACUCGUGUGCCGAGCUACAUGAUGCUGAGCUGCCCAGAGGCUGUCCGCGGGGUGCUGCCUAUGCCCUGCUGCAGCCCCAGCCCCAGAGGGAGCUCGGCCACCGGGAGCUCGAGCCAUUUCGCAGGACCUUACCUUGAUGCUGGUGGCGCAACUGGCAGCUCGACCACUGCGGGCACAGCGGAAGUUCCCUGGGACAACCUGAGCUUCGGGGUGCAGAUUCAUCCGUACCUGGGUCACGCUCACAGGCUGCUUGACGUGAGCUUGCUGUCGUGCUUCUUGGAGAUCGGCCGCGUGGAUGAGAUCUCUGGGGAGUCGGUCAAGUUGUUGCUGCGAACACUGAAGUUCCUCCGAGCUUGCGAUUAUCAGAAUGAAGAUAUUUGCUGUAUCCUGGCGCACGCCAGCGCCUAUUUCAUAGACGCCUUUGCUUUAUGCGGGAACUCCAUGAGCUCUUCGGAGGUCGGCAACGUGCUUGCGAUAUUAAUAUUUGUGGCCCACUCCUGGGUGCAGGACGAGACUUGUCCACUACGAUUUUGGCACCAGCACUUGUUCAAACAGUAUUGCCAGCUGGACGUCCUGAACGCCGCAGUGAUAAGGUUACUGGAGAUCCGAGGCUACAUUCUGCGCCUUGAGCGGGAGGAGGUCACCUGGCGUUUCAUGCAGCUGAAGGAGGCGAGCAGCACUUUCCCGUCACGCCCGCCAGACGGCCGCAGGUUCUCUGGAGCAAGCCUCGCGCAGCCCUUGCGCAACUUGCGCGACCAACUCGCCAGGUGUGUGGACAGGAGUUCGAAGUGAGUGAUGCCUGUAUGUCUAUUUGUUUAGACUGUCGCACGCGAGUGCCGUAAUAUCUUGCCAAACACUUGUACUGGCUCUGCAGCUUGUUGCACGCUGGUACGCUGUACAGAGCCGAAGGGGUCUCUUGCAAUGGGGGGCUUGGGCCUUGGCAUGCGGGACAGUGCCGGCCUUGCUUAGGCUCGUGCAGUGACACCUUGCGGUCGGGUCGCGGGUGCGGGCGUGCGCCCACAUGAGCCAGUGUUUUACACAUUUAGUGUGUGUUUCACUCAGUAUCCACUGUCAGUCACCGCUUGCAGUGCUGUCAGUGCCGGUGUUAGUCCGUAGGCAAAUCUUCGGCCCAGUGGGCGGUCGCCAUUUUGCAUGUCGUUUGUCCCAGUGGACGAUGUAUAGUGUUCUCACGAAGGUCAAGUAUCAGCUUGAGUAUGAGCGGCGCAAGUGACAACGUUAUCCCUUCUUGUCGGCUUCCGGGAAUGCAGGGGAUCCUGCAAUUAUGGUGCUUGCUGGGAUCUGCAAUCUUUCCGUUCUACUCAUCCUCGCUGGCCCCCCUCGCUUUGGGCGACAGUGCUGAAUGUGCGAGCGGCGGCGGCAAUGUCCGUGGGAGCUGUACGCGCGUGCGCGCUGGUGCUCGAUUCGAUUGAACUCAGAAUUGGCUCCGUGGAACGUGAACCCUUACCCCAGCCGGGCACGCCUCGGCUCCGCUCCCCUCCUCCCUUUCCACCUCCUCCUCCAGCUGCUCCUGCCCCUGUCUCGCGCAUUCAUGUGAUCGGCUCGAUCUGAUGCCGCCUCCGAGUCCUGCCCCCACGCACGAGACGUGGUUCCCGCGCUCCGCAUCAGUCACGGCGCCUCGGGAUCGUAGUUGCGCCUGCCCUGCGGCCAGCAGGCCAGCAGUGUCCUCCUCCUCCUCCUCCUCUUUUUCCUCCUCCUCCUCCUCCUCCUCCUCCUCCUCCUCCUCCUCCUCCUCCUCCUCCUCCUCCUCCUCCUCCUCCUCCUCCCCCCCCAGUCUGCCGUCCUUUCAACCGUAACGGUCUGGACCGUUAAGGGCCUUGCUGCCGCCAUUGCCUCUCUCCCGCUGCCGGGCCCCGGGGAGCGGCCCCCCUGUGCCGUGCGAGCGGGGUAGGCGGCUCCGCCCUGACCGUCGAUGCUGGAAGGCUCCAGCUUUGUCCGCUCGAAGUGUCCAAUCCAAUCCAAUCC